AUGAACACCUUCACCGCCCUCGUGCCCUGCCUCGUCUUGCUUGCCACCUGCUGCCAGGCCGGCUACGUGGCGCCACAUGUCUACCACGCUGCCGCCGUCCACGUCCCCGUGGCCACCACGGUGGUGCGUCACCCAGUGGUAGAACACCACAGCGAGGUGGCCUACGUGCCACCCCACGCACACGGAUACACCAUCAGCCAGCAGAAGGUCGUCCAACCCAAGACCACCGUCACGAAGCACGACCCUUUCUUCGGAACCUACCACCAGGCCGAAGUUCAUCACGCUCCAGUGGUGACCGGCUCCCACAGUUCCGUACACCAGAGCAGAGGUGGACACUUCGUGCACCGCCCGGUCGGCACCGUCGUGUACUAGACAGCCUUCUUCACGAAAUCAUCCCCUUUCAACUGCCCCAGUUAAUUUGGCCAACAAUAAAUGCAACUCUCUCUUGCUGUGCAGGA